GAAUAAUGAUAAUAAUGAUCAAGAUGGCUACUACAGAAUCCUCCUUGCGGUAGCUAAACACUAAUUUCAUGGAAGCGCUUAAAACUAUCUUCUCCCGUAGUUUAAGUCCCUCGUAGGCGGCGGGGUCUGUGCCGGGGAUUGUUGUAUAUGGAUUAAAAGGGGCUGAGAGGAGAUAAAAGUGAUUGUGUUGCCUGCAGCACUCAUUCUGAGGAAGCUAAGCUAGCAGAGCAAACAGCUAGCUGCUGUACUUGUCGAGAAGCUCCAGGUUUCAAAGCCCCGCGGCGGCUCACAGGAGAGCGGCGCUCCCCGAUCCGUGUGCCCGGUAGUCGGACGGAGAGGGUCAGAUGGCAGAGCCGAGGAAAGUGCCGUUCGUCACCCUCUCAUCCUUCAGCACCGCCUCUCCGACGACCCCGGAGUCCAGCAAGAAGCGCCGCCGAGAAGAUGAGGCCGCCGAGAUCACUUUUGGGAAAGAUGGAGGUGGAAGUGCGGCGGGGGUCGGGUCAGGAGGAGGAGGUGGUGGUGGAGGAGGCGGCAGCGGCGGCGGGGGUCUGUUUGGACACACGAAAGGAGGUGAUGCUGAGACCGAGGAGAGGAAACCCACCGUCCGACUCAACCUUACCCUGACCGAGCCCAAUGAGAGGGGGUCCUCCGAGUUCAACUACGGAGAGCUGGUCCACUCAACUUCAGUCACUCAGGUCAGAAACUCAGCUCAGAUAAACAGGAUGGGGCCUAACCUGGAACUAGAUCUAGAUUUAGUGCCAGGCUAAUGUUGACUUGUGCCCACAAGAUAAUUAUCAUGAGCUCACCACACAUUAUCUUGUUUGUUCAAGAUAAUUGUGUUGUGCAACUAAGUAUCUUGUGUGCACGAGGAAAUAACUUGCUCCUGGUUGGGCAUACUGUGCACAUAAAGGGUAUUUACUUGUUCCUACAACAAGAUCAUACAUAAUGUCUUGUUUCAAUCAGAUAUGUAUGUUGUGUGCAUGGUAUACUAUCUUGUUCAUAGUAGUUAAUCUUGCCCAAAAUAUCUUGUUCUUACUAGAUAAUUAUGUUGUAUGAAGAUUAAAACUCUCAUAUUUAUCAUCUGAAUACAAAAUGAUAUCCACUUCACAAAAUAUAUUAUUUAUUCCCACAUAGUUAUGUUGCGCACUAAAGAGAUCUUGUUCCAAUCAGAUAUGUAUGUUGUGUGCAUGAUAUAUUAUCUUGUUCACAGUAGUUAAUCUUGCGACUUGCCCAAAAUAUCUUGUUCUCACUAGGUAAUAAUGUUUUAUGAAGAUUUAAACUCUCAUAUUUAUCAUCUGAAUACACAAUGAUAUCCACCUUAUGAACUACGAGUUUCCACAUAGUUAUGUUGCGCACUAAAGAGAUCUUGUUCUAAUAAGUUACUUAUACUACACCCUCAUACUCUUAACUUGCAGCAACACUGUAGUAUCUUGUGUGCACAAGAUAAAAACUUGUUCCCAGUAGAUAGUCAGAUGGUGCGCAACAUGUUUUUACUCAUUCCUACGGUAUGAUUUUCUUGAUGAUUCAAGAUUAUAUCUUGUGGGCAAAUGGUAUUAACCGGUUCUUGCAACAUAAUAAUAUUGUGCGCCAAAAAUAUCUUGUUAAAAUCAGAUAUUUAUUUUGUGUCUGUGAAAAAUUAUCAUGUUUCCAAAGGAUAAUUUUAGUUUAUGCCCACGAUAUCUUGUUCCCAUUGGAUAAUUAUACUUAAAAAUAACAUUUGAACUUGAUUGUUUUGGUGUUUAUCAUUUGAAAACAAGAUAAUAUCCUCUUCACAUGAGAUGUUACUGGUUCCCACGUGAUUGUUUAGCAUGUUAAUAUCUGAAAUGCACAAGAUACAACUUACAAACUAUUACACACUGCAACAGAGUGUUCAACUUAUACAGUCAUUAAAUAUUAGGAUGAUCAGGUAAAAAAUUGGACAUGCUCAUUUAAUGGUAUUAUACAAUUUUUAAGGGUUUCUGUUUCUCUUAAAAAUGAGGUGAAUCAGCUCCACUACGGCUCUAUCCUUUUGGUUUGAUUUACCAGGAAGAAAGAGAGAGGGGUAUUUUCAUACGUUUUUAUGUUGUGCCCAAUCGAGGGUCAAGUAUCUGUGGCAUUUUGUGAGUUCACACUAGAAUUUAAACCGUGUGUGUUCACACAGAUAAGUGGGGCUCAGCCCUUGGAGACAUUUAUAUGUAUGAGACAGAUUAUGUGAAAGUCUGCUGGCAAACAGAGAUUAGAGGGACCAAAAAAAUAAGAUUUUAGAGAAUUUUACUCUGGACUAAAAGAGAAAAAUAUGUUGUUGUUUUUUUGCAUGAAGGUGAAAACUGGAUUUUUUUCUUGCAAUAUAAACUUAAAUCCACAGUUAAACAUAUUUAAAAACAAUGACCCAUGUAAAAACCGUUCCCGUGAUGUACUCAACAUUGAUUUAUUUUGACUGUUUUUGAAAUAAUUAAGACUGGAAACGUCAAAGUAUUAAGGAAAAAAUCUAAUGUCUGUUUACAUGUGCUUUUGUUUUGAUGCAGCAGACAGGCUAUCAGAAUUGAAGAUGCUGAGUUAUCUUUUUUUUUCAAUACCUUGUAGAGGUGAAAAUACAAUUAGAACCCUGUACAACGUGACUUAUCGGCUGCAUUUAUGCUCAACCGGAAGGACUUAAUAUACAACAAUACACUCUUUUUUUUUUUAUCCUGUCACCCAAUUGUAUUAUUCUGGCCUGUGUAAAUCUUUGUUUGUUUGUUUGGUAGAAACUACUCUAAGAUGUUGACUCUGUUCUAUUUCAAAGUUGUUGUGACUGUUCCAGCGAAAGGUCCUGAAGCAAAUGUCGUGUGGUUUUAAGUUACUCAGUAGCCACAGAUACAUGAAGUUGUCCCGUUCAAAAAUGCCUGACUGCAAAGUUAAAGAUCCAUCUGCUCACACUAUACAAAGAAAAGAAAACUAUGAGACGCCUUUGACUCGUCUCUCUUUUCUUUGUCUGUGUCCGUGUCUCUCUCAGGUAAAGCCUGCAGCCUCAGCGGUCCCUAAAGGACUCGCUCCUCCCCUGGAUCCCAACGAUCCGUUUGCAGAUGAAGACAAGGAGAGACGGGAGGUCGAAGAGCUUGCACGGAAAUUUGAAAAUAAAUAUGUAAGUAUGAUGGUCCGCGGGUGAAAAUAAUCUGACAAACAUCAUGAUCAUAUUUUAUUCAGCUGCAAAUACUUGUCAUACAUGAAGAAGGAUUUCUUUUAACCAAAUGUUUUUGUGUUUGUUUCUGUCUCUGUCCGCAGGGUGGCUGCCCUAAGAAGAAGAAAAAGGACAGGAUGCAAGAUCUCAUCGAUAUCGGCUACGGCUACGACGAGACCGACCCUUUCAUUGACAAUUCAGAGGCUGUGAGUUUCCUUUUCCAGCCCAAAACAAACACGUCUCCUGUCCUGACUCUGUCAUGUUCACUUCACUUUCUUCAUCAGCUUUUACAUUUAUCCACAGUUUUGCAGUACUUGACAGACGCAGUUUCACAAACAAGAAUCAAAUGAAGCUUUGCCUUCAUGAAGUUCAUCUCAUCACCACAAACUUGCAUAUCUUGUGGGCGUCCCAGUUUUAUUGCUUCUAAUCUUUUAUAAGCACGUUUUGAACGUUAAUAAGAUCGCUUUAAUCUCUCACAGUUGUUAGUUAAGUGCAGUGGAUUUGUGGAUCCAUGUGAUUGAAAGUAGCAGUAGUGUUUUGUUUUAUCUCCUUCUCAUUAUCAUUUUAGGAUUUUAUUUGAUUUUUUUUUAGCUGCUACUUAUAAAAACUGUUUUUCUGAGUCACGUUACUGAAAAGGAUUUCACGUGUAAUUAAGUUCUUUAUCAGAGAAGCUUUUCUCAUAUUUAAAGGCUCUGUAGGACAUUUGUGACUGAUGCCUUUUCAUGACCUACAUAGUAAAAAUGAAAGGAUCAGACAUAAGAUUGGUGAUUUCUUCAUACAAAAUUGGAGCGCCUGAGUUUAGGUCAGAUUUUCAGCAAACAAAGCUGGGUCGAUAUCUGGCACUCACCCUGAAGUUUCUAAGUUUAGAGCUCUGCUGGAAAUGUUUGGCGGUGUGAAGCAGGAGGAUUUUUCUGUCUUUUGAUAAUAUUCUCUUGACAUAAUGUUACUAGAGCUGGAUUAGCUAAAAGACGUGAACAUGUGCUUCUGAAGUUUUGCAAAGUGAAGGUGUAAAACGGCUCAGAAUACUGGCCUGAGCAAACGUCACCGCUCUUGGAGGACUAUAGAGUCAGGCUCGAGGUAUUCUUACUUUGACCUCUGCGUACGCAUGUGCAGGACCUUUCCCUGUGUCUAUUUGAAGAGUCAGCUGAGCACUACAAGACACAGACACAAAAUGCAGUAUGUUCUUGGGAUGUAAUGAUGUUAUUUAUAAUGUACUUAAUUAAAAAGACUUGGAGGUAAAUGAGGUUUAUAACUCUGAAAAGCCUCUGAAGUCCCCCCACUCUGCACGCUUGAGCCUCAAAGUAACUUUAGACCUUGUUCCCCCGUAGAGCUGAUGUUCGAAGUUGAGUAGGUCAUGACAUUUGAUCACGUCAUGAUGACAUUUCAUUUAUUUUGUUGACACAGACGAGAUGACGGUCUCUGCUGUGGAAAAAAAAAAAGACUCUGUGAAGACCUUUUGUUUCGUACCGUCACAGAUCCACAACGGUAAACAAAAGCAGAAGGUUAAAAAGACAAACUGAGGGUAGAAAAAAUAAAUCAAAACAAGUCCACGACUUCUGUGUCCAAACAAGUAAGACAAGCUCUGAUUUGUGCAGUUAGCUUUAGUAGCAGACAUGUAACAGUCAUUUUUACACGUUCUUUUCUCUUUCUCUCUCUCAGUACGAUGAGCUGGUCCCAGCGUCUCUCACCACCAAACACGGAGGCUUCUACAUCAACACAGGAACUCUGCAGUUCAGAGCAGCGUCAGACUCGGAGGGAGAAAACACGAGCGCUGCCAACCCUCACUUUAAGGUCCAUUAUUUCUCCUUCACAUUUUUGUCAACAUAUAGUGACGUUUACAUGAUAUAAAAGCAGGUUAUAGAUGUUUAAAAUCCAGAAAUGCUAGUUCUUUAAAGUUAAUGUCUUGUUUCUACAGAAGAUGAAAGACGGGGAGGAGCGGGUGAUAAAAAAACGGCGGAAAAAGCAGGAUGGUGGGAUUCUGGAGGACAAGAAACCCAGAAAAAACAAAGUACCAAAGAGCGGGUGAGUUUUGAUUCUCCAAUUUUUCAUCUCAGGCUUUUUGUUUUCCAACUUCUCCUUGCUAAGAUGAUAUCCUCUUUUCCAAGUGAACGCUUUGAUAAAUGCAAAGCUGCAAAAAAGUCACACAAACUACACAACACUCAAGAUUUAUCGUGAUUCAGCACCUUCACAGAAUUCCCAUCUCCAUAGAUGUUCUUCCAGCUCAUCUUUUACCAUGUCGGUGUGUUUUCCUGCAGGGUUACAGCCCUGAACAUUCACCGACCAGAGAAGAAGAAGAGGAAGAAGCUGAUGAAGGACUCCCUGCACCUGGCCAACAUGCUGCGCCGCUUUACCCGAGAAAAAGAGGAGAUGCGGAAGAAGAACACGGGUGCAGCUGGUCUGCAACGACCCAACGCCAAAGUGCCAAACGCCAACAGUGCUCUCCUCAACGCCCACCCCAAGGCUGCUGGCAGCAACGACUGCAACAUAUCCGACCUGACCUCCGACCCUGCUGUGAUGUCACUGCUGGGCUCGGCCAAUAACGACAUACUGCAGGACAUGAUGGGCGACCUGGACUUUGGGAUGCUGGACUCGCCUCAGCCCUCCAGUCCGGUUCAGGGAGAGAACGGCUCCUUCGGGAUGGGACACAAAGCGGGUGGUAGCAGAGUGUCACAGGGUAGCAUGAUGACGCCGCCGCCUCCUCUGCCCAGCGGACUUCCGGGGCCGCUCCUAAAACGCAUCGAAGACCUCAGAGCGGUACGAGCGCCUGUUCUCUGCUGGAUUCUUCUGUUAGCUCAAAAUCUAAACUCAGAAACACUUUCAUCAUUUCUGCACAAUUUCUAUCAUUUAAAGAAAUGUUUGACCUAGAAUUAAACCAAAAAUGUGCGUGCUGAAUUUUUAGGAAAUAAUGAACUAAACUUGUUCAAUGUGACAAACAUGAAAAAAUAUCUACUGUUUGUUUUGUAAGAAGAAGAAGGAAGAAGAGAAGACAAACAUUUGAUUGUAGAUUGAAAAGAUUAAAAAAAACGUAGUUUUAAUUGAAAAAUAAUUUAAAAUUGAGUGACAUUUACUAAAUUUAAUAAUUCUUUUUCAUAUUGAAAAAAAUUAAUUAUCAUCUCUCUUUUUAACUCUUUUUUUCCCCUCCAAGAAAACAAAACUUCUUUUGUUUUUAAGCUUUUACUGCUCGACUCUUUACAGUAGACCUUUUUGAUAUAGAAUUACUCCUAAAAUCACCGUUUUCAUCUCUAAAUUAUCACCUUUUAAUCUGAGGUUAUCUAGCGUGUGGCUAAAGCUUCAUGUAACUGCUAUAAACAGGAUGUAGAUUGUGGUUAUAAUACCCAGACCUCCAUUCAAACUAAUAACAAAGACAGAUUGAAUUCUAUGAAUCGCUGCGACAUUUUAAGAUUUUUGUGAUGAAAUUAUUACAAAUGCUCAUAUUGAGUUUUCAAAACUUACCGACUUCCUCUGAUCAAAAUGAUAUUCAUACUUUUGACACCCACAUUUACUUUUGUCUUAAGAAGUCCUGAAAUGGAUGAAAAAUAUUUAUACUAUCUUGUUGCUCUUGUUUAUUUUGCUCUUCAGUGACUCUUAAGCCCAUACAGUUUGAGCACGCUGACUAACUGAAUACAGAUAAACUUAAACUAUGAAUAAUAAGAAAUAAAACAGAACCUGAUAAGAAUGGUAAAGCCCUGAAAAUUUAUAAGCAGAUGAAAAAGUCUGACUGAAUUAAAUCUGAUUCGAAUAAUUCAGGAUUUUGUCCCAGUGCGACUUCUAUCGACAGAAAACGAUUCUGUCAGUCUUUAUCACAGGAAGAUGAAACAUCUUUAAUAUCUUUACUCUUUCAUGUCUGUUCUGUUUGUCAAGAGUUAAAAGCAUUUCUUUAAAAAAUGUGUCUUUUAAUGACUUUUCUAUUUUCCUCUUUGAAGGCGUCUCGUCUGUUCGAUGAAGAGGGCAGGAAGAAAUUCUUCACGUUGGACAUGAACAACAUCCUGCUGGAGUGAGUGCAGCUUAUUAUUUACAUCUCAGUCAAAAUGGGAAAGUUAAUCAAUGUAAAUCUCUGAUUUUUGACUAUGUGUGUGUUUUUGUGUGUGUCAGUAUUGAGCUGCAGGUCCAGGAGCAGCCUGCAGACGUGCGGUCGGCUGUCUACUGUCACCUGGAGGCCUUCGUCCCCUGCAACAAAGAGGCUCUGCUCAAACGUCUGAAGAAGCUCAGUCUCAACAUACAGGUGAGCGAGUGACAGGGGUUUUAGUCUCUGACUCCAAGGCUUCUUCAUCUAUAGUCUACUCAAUAACAGAUUUUCCACAUGAAUGUGUUUCUGUUAAACGUCUGAGUAUUUACCAACUGUAUUUCUGUAACAGCUGUAAGAGUAAAAAAGCAGAAACCAUCUGUCCUCUGCUCAAACUCCAUUGGUGGAUCUGAAAUAGCUCAGUUAUGUCAUUUCUUUUGUGAGAGCUUGGAUGUUUACAGUGGUGCCAGAUUUUACCAGGAGAUACAGCAGUGACGUUAGAUUUCAUGUCUUUGAAUAAUACGGUCGAGUGGAAGCACAUUCAGUGAGAAUCAAACUGGGUUAUUGAACGUGUUAAAUGAAAAUCUGAUUAGACAACCUUUAAAGCGGUAAAAAAAAAUCAUUAUGCGGCUGAUUAUCUUGUAGUCUGAACCCUGUCUUAGCCUCUACAUGCUGCGUUGAUUAUCUAAUUAAACGUAGCAGCACCAAAAGCCCCAAAAUAAACUCAUAGCUCAAUGAUACUGUGCUUGAGACUUCAGUGUAAUGCAGGAGAUUUGCAUUCUGGUCAUAAGAAAUCAGUUUGAAUUGAUGUGUAAGGUGUCAUAAAAACAUCUGAUCUGCAUAUGUUGUAGGUAAGACUGUUUCAGCUUGAAGGUGCAUGUCAGUGUUUCUGUAAAGACAGUCUUGUCUCUGUCAGAGCUGUGUUUCCUGGCUUUGUGCCUUUCACUCAGUUAUAUAUUUAGCUUGUGAAUAUGCAGCCCUGCGUGUGUGUGUGUGUGUGCGCGCUUGAUUUCUGACUGUGCCAAUCCCCGUCUCCCAGGACGACCGUCUUCGAACGCCGUUGCUGAAGCUCAAGCUGGCAGUGUGCAGCGUGAUGCCAGAGCAGAUCGCUCGGUACAACAUGGACUGUCUCGCUAAAGUAGCAAAGUAAGGACGCUCCUGAAGACAGACGGGGAUCUUCUUUUUUUUCUGAAAAUCAUAAAUAUUUAAAGGCGCUUUGACAUGCGUGUGUCUGUGUGUGUUUGCAGGCAGCAGUCUGAGGAAGGAGAGAAAAACGGGUCAGAGGAUGAUGAUGAGGAGAAACCAGGGAAGAGGGUGAUGGGCCCUCGGAAGAAGUUUAUCUGGGAUGACAAACUCAGGUCAGGUUUACUCUUUAAAGUCACCAUGUACAAAGACCUCAUCCUGGUCUCCAACCUGAUGCCUUGGAUCCACAAACAUGGACUGAAAUGUCCUAGCAUGAGUGUUUUCAUCACUCAGUCUGCUGUUUAAGUCACUAACUUCCUCUCUUCCUCCAGAGCGUUGCUGUGUAACCUGGUGCGAGUGAAGCUGAGCUGUUAUGAGCUGGAGGGUAAGAACUCUCUGUCUCUGGAGGACUACCUCAAAGCCUUCAUGGAGACUGAAGUGAAACCUCUGUGGCCUAAAGGCUGGAUGCAGGCCAGGUGUGUGUCUUGCCAAGAAGAUUCAAAAUAACCGUCUGCUGUAUUAUAUAUCUUUGGUGCCCAGACUGCAGCCCACUCAAUGCUCACUCACUCACAUCUACAUGGAUAUGAAGUUUCUGAUUUGCUUAUUUCUGAUUACAGGAUACUGUUCAAAGAGAGCAUCAUGGCUCACGGUCACCUCACAGGCUACACGUGAGUGUGACGACUCCUUAUUUCACAGUUUGUUCUCAUAACUGAGCGGCUGCUUCAGUUGUCCUCACCAGUCGUGUUUUUGUCUUCCAUGCAGAGCAAAGAAGAAGAUGGUUCCUACCCCCAAGACCCCAAAGCCAAAGGUAACACUUCAUUUAAGAUGAAACUGACUUAGAACUUCGUCGAACUGAAAAUGCUGCGAGGACAACAUAUCAAAUGUUCAAACUGAAGAAAAGUGACUGUUUUUCAGAUUCAAUGCCAGCAACAUACAGUAUUUUUUAAACGUCUCAAUGAUGAGAUUUAUUUUCAACACUGGGAUUAAAACAGACAUGACUCAGGAGAUGAAAUCAGUCCAUUAAUUUAAAUUCACUUAAAAAGAAACUGUUACCUGUGACAGUCGUUACAGAUGCAGGUUAAAACUGUACAGAGUAAAGAGGAAACUAGAAUUAAACAGGAUCUAGAAAUGCUGUUGACUUCUCUAGAUCUGAAUCUGUCCUGUGGUCUGAGAAGAUCAGCUAACAGGUCAAAGCCAGAAUCCCUGAUGGUAUGGAGUUCAUCUGUUUAAAGGUCUCCUAUUAUGGCAUUUUUCUUCAAGUUUCAAUUAGUGCCAGAGGUUCCACAGUAGUAAAUUUGAAGUUUGUUGUCUAAAACACCAGUUUAUUUGUGGAUAUCAGCCAGCCUGUAUCCGCCUAGACAUCCAUAUAUUUCUGCAAGACAAUACCAAAUCAUAUUCUGCACGUAUUACAACAGCAUGGCUCUGAAGUAGAAGAGUCCAGGUGCUAAACUGCCCUCCUGCAGUCCCAACUUGUCAUUCAGUGAAAACAUUGGGUUUAUCAUAGAACUACAAAAACGACAAAGGACACCACAACUCUUGAGCAGCUGGUAUCCUGUAUUAGUCAAGAAUAGGACAUUUCACUUUCAGAACUCCAGAAACUGUUUUCUUCAGCUCUGUGACGUCAACAGAGUUUCUGUUAAAAGAAGAACAACACAGUGAAAAAGAUUCCCCCCUACCCAACUGGUUUAAAACACAAGGCUCCCAUCAAAUUUGAAAGAGCUGAUUUUUUCUUUAAAACACUGAAAUCUUAGAGUUUCAGUAUUUGGUCAGUGGUCUUUUGAGGAGAUGUAAAGGGGGACUUGUCCUCAAAUAAAAGAGUAAGAUAGGUUGAAGUUUUGGAUUAUCAUGUGGUGUAAACGUGAAUUUUUGUUGUUCCAGGAGGCUGUGUGGGUUCAGCGGUCCACAUCGUCAGUUGGUGCCACCCCUUCCCCCGCAGCUCAGGUUGCCAAGCGACCGCCUCAGUCCCCGGCUGAGCCCAUAUGUCUCGAUUCCCUCGACGGGGAUUUGACUGCCCCCCCUAUGGACUCCAUCUCGCAGGCUUUAGCCAUCCUCGGUAGCGCGGCCAAGGGACUCGCUCACGGGGACAGCCCCCCCUCCCCUGAUGGACCCAAAACUGCCCCUAACCCCUCCUCCCUCCACGCCUCCUCGCUCCUCCAGCAUCAGAAAAAGAACUCAGUCAGCACUCCCAGCUCCAACACACCUCACUACAUCUCUACCUCUUCGUCUUCCUCCACCCCUCUGUCCCGACCUUCCUCCGUCUCGUCCUCUCCUCUGCCCUCCAUCAGGGUGGACGGGAUGGGGGCGGUCAAGGGUGCUGUUCAGGUACACAGACACUCAGUGCUGAAUGCUCAAAGGACUUUAGGUGUGGGCGUGGCUAAAGCUAACAUGCCCGCCUCAGCGUCACCGCCCAAACCACGCCCACCACCCACUGCAUCUCCUCUGGUGGCGCCGGGAUCAAAGAUGGGGGUGUCCACUCCUCCGUCCAGCCUCCUCAAAGGCAGCAAUAAUAAUAAAGCCAACAGUGGUGACACACUCAUCAUCACAUCGCCUCAGUCUCGCUUCCACACCCCCUCAUCUGCCUCACACAUGACCCCUAAAACCUUCCAGACGCCCCGCCUGCCCCAAACCUCAACCACUAAAUCGUCCCCCUCCCUCCCCCAGACCCUCUCUGGAGUCCAGCCCCAGCCUCAGUCUAACUUCAUCACCCCUAUGCACGCCACCCUCACCAAGUCUGCCCACAGCAGCAUCCCGCCCAUCGUCAAACUCACGCCGCGCACACCCAACCCUAUUGUCACCACCACCCCCACCUCAGGCUCAUCCUCCAUCUCCUUAACCCCCCGGUCUCAGGCGACCCCCACCAUACACCAGUACUCCCCCAAGACCCCAACAGGUUUCCGCCCGCCGUUCUCAGGUGCCCAAGGAGGAGUGACCAAGCCGGGGCAAGGCAGCUACACUCCUCCAGGCAGCCAGAAGACCCCCACCAACAACAGCAACAACAGCACCACCAACGCCAGCCUUAUAAACACCAUCUCCAUAAGUAAGCAUUCAGGAUCCAGUGCCUCCCCCACAGUGGCCUCCACCAACCCAGGCCAGCGCCCGAGGCCGGGGGGCGGGACACCUCAGGGGGCCAAGUCGGUCGUGUCAGUCCCAUCCUCAUCUGUAUCGUCUCAGUUACCACAGGUUUGUACCGCUAACAUUCACAGAGUUACUUAAAGGGAUAUUCCUUGCUGUAUAACCCCUUGUGUCUCCUCAGGUCUCCACGUCAGGUACUGGCAGUCUGCUGGGCUCUCCCUCCUCUCUUCCUCUGGGCUUUGGGGGCCUGCUAGGGGGCCUGGUGCCCGUCUCCCUGCCCUUCCAAUUCCCAACACUGCUACCCAAUCUGCCCCCGCUGGGUACGGCGGGCUCCAGUACGGCGGCCAGCGGCUCGGCAGCCAGUAGCAACGCAUCGUUCUCAACCCUGACCCAAAGUGAGUGACUUAGCGGGGCAAAAACUCUGAAACUAUAAUCAAGAGCACUUUUAUUUUCAAAAAGUGAAAGAGCUUCUUACCAAAGUGAAGUUGGAGUUAGGGCAGCAGUUCUGUUUAGUGAAGCUUAAUCAUGCCCACAAUUGGACGCUGACUUCAAAUAUCACUGAGCACAAACCAGCCACAGCAACUUUGUGAUUUUUUUCAAAUUAAUGUCAACAGAAAAAAAAUUAUCUCAUUAAAAAGGGGAAAUAUUUGGGUUAAAGAAGUCAAAGAUAAAAAAAAAGAAAGUCAUGUAUAAAUCUAUUUUUGAUGCGCAUUAAAAUCUAGUAUCAGUGGCCAUCUUAGCCUGUAACAUUUUGGAUGGAUUUCACAUGAGUGGACGCUCUGGAUUUUAAAACAGGGUGGAGAUUAAUGUCAGACACACAGCAAAAGUUUUCCUCACAUUUUAACAGAAUUGAUCACAAACAUUAGUUUUUGGUUUGAUCGUCUGUCAUUGAGGAGGAGAUGAUGGUGAUACUGGCCGAGGCCGACUCAAAGCCAGUUAUAUCAAAAUGCUUCAGUUGGUCCAGUAAAUGUGCUGACUCACUGAUCUGUCUGGUUCUGAUGAGUCGGCCAAUCAAACGGUCAAAUACACGAUUUUCAUCAUCAAUCACACUUAAAACCAAGACUGAAUUUAGAAUCAGUUUGUUAAUUCAUAUUAACAAUUAAAAGGUGUUCUUCUUCUUAGUGUUUUCAUUUGGGAUCAUGUAGUUUGGGGUAAAGGGAUAUUCUGGUGUAAAAUUAAUUUAGGGUCAAACACACCAUAACACCGAGUUAGACAUCCCCUCAGGGAAUGAAUGUUGCCGACUGCUUGCUUCUCUAGUUAUACCAACUUAAAUAACGACCGCAGGAUAGCAAUACACAGCGGUCUGAGGAGCCAUGAACGAACCUGAACCAAAACGCCACUUUAUAGCCAGAAAUAAUGCUCAGAACAGCACCUAACUUCAUCAACAGUACAUAAAGGGUCCAAGCCAUAGUACUAGCCACCAAACAUCUUUUUAACUUUUCCUGAUUUCUUUAGCAAAGAGACUAAACACAACUUACCUACUCUCUUCCAGCAGCCGCUUGUUUGUAGCGAGACCUCGGGCCAGUUCAUUAUGGGCUGCGGUGGGUUGGAACAUUAAUGUUCUUCCUUGAGCUGCGUCCCCCCGCUGCAGUCUGUAAUAAACUGGCCCGAGGUCUCACUACAAACAAGCGGCUGCUGGAAGAGAGUAGGUGAGUAGUGUUAAGUCUCUAUCAUGUGGUUGUUACUAAAGUUGGUAUAACUAGAGAAGAAAGCGGCCAGCAACAUUCAUCUCUCAACUCAGUGUUAUGGUGUGUUUAACCCUAACUUAAUUUUACACCAGAAUGUCCCUUUAAAUCACGACUCUCCUUCUGACUUUGGUCAUUCUGCUCAAUGCUGACAGUGCUAAUAUUAAUACUCAUUCGGUUGGGUGCUGUGUGUGCCUGAAGGUGGCCCUGCUGCUGUCUUGUCUGGUUGUUCCCGUAUAGAAACUGUCUUGUGUUGAGUGUUUGAGCAUCAUUUGUGUCAAAUGUCAAAUAUCACCAUAUUGUGCGUCAAAUGUAAGCUUGUGAUUUUUCUCCUGUUUGACAUUAUUCCAUUUUGUUUGCCUCAUUUCCCCCCAAACUUCUCCUUUAUUUUUCACUCUUUCUCCCUAAAAUGACGCCAAAACUCUGUCGGCUCCUCCCCCAUCUGUCUCUCAUCUUGUCCGACCUUUCCUCAUUUUCUCCUCGGCUGUCCUUCACCUCUGCGCCCCCUCGCUCCUUCCUUUCCCUUCAUCUCUUUUCCUUCACUCUUUCCUCCCUGUUUCAUCUGUCUCCCCUUACCCCUCUGUCUCCCUCCUUGUCCCCCUGUCCUGUUUCCUCAGAUCUGUAUAAGAGUCUCCAGUCAGGGUCUCAGGUUGCUCUGCCUCCUCACUUGCAGCUCGCUUUCUCAGGUAAAAUCUGACGCACCUAAAAAGCCUGCUCCAUGACUCCUCCCUUCUUUCUCCUCCUCUUCCUCCCCCCCGCCUCCCUUUUUAAGUGUUGGGUGUUUUCUAUCUCAGGUUUUCUGUCUGGUCCUGUUUCUGGUCUCUGCCUGUGUGUAGAUGAAUGCAUGCUUUAUGUGUUUGUAGCUGUCUAUAUAUCUUAUUUUUUACCUUUUAUAACAAUUGAAGUGCCGUUUCAUCCUUCCCCAGAUGUCACUCAAAGCCAGGGAGGAGACGCAAAGAGGAAGACUCUAUGAUACGACCGAAUUUCAAUGCCACACAAAGACUGAGGUAUCUGGACAAGCGGGGAUGGACCGUGACUUUGGGUUGCAGGGACUCUUUUUAGGGCUCUGAGAUGACGACUGGGUCACACUCGCUCCUUUUUCUCAUGAAUUUCACAGCUAAAUCUAACUUUUUAAGACAAUUUUAAGACUUUGAAAUAUAGAAUCAAAUGAAAUUAUGUUUACAACAUAGACCUAUAUCACUGUGGACAGGGGGAAGGAAUGAAUGGGAUUUUUAGGUGUGUAUGGGUGUGUGUGCACAUGAAAAGGGUGUGUGUGUGUGUGUGUGUUUGGUUAGUGGGAUUGAACGUGUGCCUCGUGUGUGUCUCCCUCUCUGAUGCAUGGUCAGUGUGUCUAUUUGGUGCUGUUUUUAUCUUGUAAUUAUCACCUGUAAGAAAUGUAAACUGCAAAUUUGAAUUUGAGCUUUUUUCAAUGAGAGCUAUACACUUUUUCAUUGUACUUGAAUUCUUCGGUGAAUUCCUGACUGUAUAGAGCUCGAACCGACUUUUAAUUAAAUUUUUUCCCUCGUUAUGAAGUUUUUAAUUCACAUUUAAAUGAUUGUUGGCAGGUUUUACCGAAAAGUCAAGAGGUGCUUUUUGAUUUGAACACACUGAGCCUGGUUCUUCAA